AUGGAGUGGCCUCUUUUAUCUUCAAUUCUUAACAUAAUAUUAGUAGUUUUUGUUUUACUCUUGUUAAGAGCAGUAUUCUCUUGCUGGAUUUUCCCAGCUUUUGCAUAUCAGAAACUCAAGAGAAAUGGGCUUCGAGGUCCAACUCCAAGGUUUCCUUUCGGGAAUAUUAGUGAGAUGACGAAGAAGAUGACGAGUAAUUCAUCAGUUGGUGUUUCCCAUGAUAUUCACUCAACUGUCUUUCCUCACUUUGCUCGGUGGCAACAGUCGUACGGAAAAGUAUUCCUCUACUGGCUGGGCACAGAGCCAUUUUUAUGCAUUGCAGAUCCAGAAUUUCUUAGAAAAUUUUCUGCAGGAGUUGUUGCAAAGAAUUGGGGAAAACCAAGUGUGUUUAAAAAAGACAGAAUGCCCAUGUUUGGUGAUGGUCUAGUUAUGGUGGAAGGAGAGGAAUGGGCUCGUCUUCGCCAUGUAAUCACUCCUGCAUUCGCCUUUACCAAAUUGAAGCCUAUGACAAGUCUGAUGGUGGAGUCGGCCACUAAAAUGCUAGACCGGUGGAGUAGUCUUAUAAACUCUGGCAACGGAGAAAUCGAUGUGGAAAGAGAGAUCAUAACAACAGCCGGUGAAAUAAUCGGUAAGACCAGCUUUGGAGUCAGCUACGAAAACGGUAGUGAAGUAUUAAAAAAAUUAAGUGACAUGCAGAUUGGCCUUUUUAAGUAUAACGGCAAUGUGGGUGUCCCUUUUAGGAAUUUUAUCAACCCUAAGCGAAACUUGGAGGCCAUGAGACUUGGAAAAGAAGUAGAUACUCUACUUCUAACGAUCGUAGCUGAUCGAAAAAAAUCAGGUAACCAGCAUCCUCCGAAAGACCUGCUGGGUUUAUUGCUUGACGCAAACAAUACUUUAACUUCAAGGGAACUAAUAGAUCAGUGCAAGACUUUCUUUUUUGGUGGCCAAGAAACCACGGCGUUGGCACUUUCCUGGACUUUACUGCUUUUGGCCAUGAAUCCAAAGUGGCAAAAUCUUCUGAGAGAGGAGAUAAGACAAGUAAUAGGGGAUAAAGAAGUGGAUUACGAUUUGCUUGCUGGACUAAAGAAGAUGGGAUGUGUAAUGAAUGAGGUUUUACGACUGUAUCCACCAGCACCAAAUGCACAAAGGCAAACGCGGCAAGACAUACAAGUUGAUGAUCAAAUAGUACCUAAAGGAACCAACGUGUGGAUUGAUUUGGUAUCCAUGCAUCAUGAUCCCGCUUUGUGGGGCGAUGAUGUGAAUGAGUUUAAGCCUGAAAGGUUUGAGAAGGAUCAGCUAUACGGUGGCUGCAAAAACAAGAUGGGGUUUCUGCCAUUUGGUUUUGGAGGGAGGAUGUGUGUUGCCAGACAUUUGGCCAUGACUGAGUAUAAGGUUGUUCUAUCCCUCAUUCUCUCAAGGUUUUCUUUGCAGCUUUCCCCUACUUAUAGUCAUGCACCUGGUUAUUUGCUCUCCCUGAGGCCCACCUAUGGCUUGCCUCUCAAAGUUCAACCCCUCUAAU